AUCAUGCCCCUUUUUUCGCUGUGUUCCCCAGUAAUCUAAUGGCUGGAACUGGCUAACUGAACAGCUAAUAGUGGAAAAUGUCUCCUGGAAACACUCUUCAGAUAAUACCCCCGCCUGAUUGGAUUUUAAGUUCAUGAUAAAUUGAGAGAAACUCUGACCUCAGUCUGGCCACACCCCUAAGAACGAGCAACGAAUCAUUUGAAAUGGUUUCGACGUUGAAGGAAACUUAGUAGGCGGCAGCGGUACAGAAACACGCCUGCACUGAUAACAACAUGGCAGAUAUCACGUUCAGGACUAACAUAUGAAUUGUUCCCGCUCGGUCGGUCCAAUUGGCCGAGGUAAUUACCGAAACAGCAAUAACCGCACGCGUCUAAUCGAUUACACGUUAUUCACGACCGUUGUAUGCCGUCCUUAGGUUAGAGAUAACCUUUUUAUUUGUAGAAAUAUUCAUUCCACAUUCUUUGUCAUUUGUGGCUACGUAAUGUGCGCUCCUACAUGUACGUUGACUGCUUUGAUAUUUGGUAGGAACAAACUCGAUUAUAGGCGCCACGAGGAGGAUGAAUUAAUUGUUCGUCUAGAGUAAAAACGUUAUCGUGCUUUUUAUUAUUUUUCCUUAGUUUAUUUUGUGAAGAAAUAAUAGAUCAUUAUCAUCAUUCGCUAUCGAAUUUAAUGCUUCCGAGGUUUUAUCUCUUUUGCUAAAUAACUUGAACACGCCCUGCUUUUGUAUUGGAGAGAUAAGAUUAAAAGAUAAAAAUCUGCUUUGAAUACCAAUUUUGAAAUCGAGUAAAUUUGAUUAUAAACUUGUAAAAUAGACCAUGUCUUCACGCACAUUGCAGACAGACCAAUUUCAACAGCGCUACCUUAAAAAGUCCUAACAAGGUUAACAUCCCUUGACAUAUGAACAGUCUGUGAAAGGGAAAACUAAUUUAUGCUCGGCUAUUCGCUAGAUUUUGACUAAGACGAGAAUGAAAGCAACAACUACAAAAACAAGAUUAAAUGGUUAAUUCAACUGGUAAAAAAAUCAGGGAAAGUCAUUAAGAGCAUCCCUGUUAAUCCAACCAAACCGAACGAAAAAUCAGUUGCACUUAAUCGAAUCCCAACUGCUCCAGCAGUGUGCGACUGGUUCGGCAAUUAAACAUAAUCAUUGCUAAGUUGAACUUUUUAGGCCAGUUGGAACUCGAUCGGUGUGAUCGCACACUGACCGAGGAAAUCGCAGCUAAUCGUGCACACUCGGUGUACAGCAUAUCGAACGUUCGAUUGGCCGAACCCGAUUGAAGUUCGAUUACCGAAUGUUUGACAGAAUGCAGCAGAGCAUACAAUUUUAACGAGGAAUUUUUUUUUUUGGCUCACAAGAACCUGAAAGCCUUAGCUCUUAAGCAUAAUAACCUCUUGUCAGAUCAGUCAACAGUCGGAAUUUUUGCUAGAUUUCGUUUUCCUCAGUUCUUGAUGGGGUUGAAUGGGCCAGGAACAUUGUUUUAUUCUUUCAGACAAGCAUAACGGAUGUCCACAAAAAAGCAGAAAAGAAGACUUCUUCUGUUAUCUGCUUGACAGCUGCUUGAUAAACGAACGGAAAAAAGUGAUGUGAUUUUCAACACGAGCUCAAUACUACAGUCAUCCAUCAUGUGAUUGUAUCAGGUUACUGUUAUCAAGAGUCAGCCGUUCCGGUAGAGGUCAAUGAGAAAGGCCUCAGGAGCUCGAAACCACAGAUCGCAGCGGCACUUUCAAGAAGGAACUGAUCAGCAACUGGCCAUCAGAUAAACAAGAUUAAAUCAGCUUGAGCUCACGCUUUCUGGACUGACGCGCUCCGAAAUUCAAAGCAAUUUUUUGCUAUUCGUGCAAGAGGAAAUGAGUACACCAUUCACCUCAUAUACUAGAAUGCACAUCUCAAAAACUUGUCUUCUUUUUAUCCCGGCAUUACUCUGUUCUGUGGAUGGUUUUCGAGGCGGUUCAAGAUCCUAUUCAAGAAGCCCUAUCUCCCUCUACAGUUACAAUCACCGAAAUGUACAAAGUCAAUCUGGUCGCCAAACAAAGAGAUUAGUACUCGAUCCUUCCAGCAAGCUACCGCUCUACAAACAUACUGCAGGUGCAAAGGCACCGAGCCCUGCAAGGCAAAGUCAAGGGUCUGGAAGCCAGGCUAAAUCCCAGGAUAGUUCGGUGGCAUCUGGUGGCCAAUACUGUAUUUACCAGAAACCUAAACAAGUCACUUGCAAUGUAGCGCACAUGAAGCGGGUAACCAACAAAUACAAAUACUACUGUGGGGCGCGAUCUCAAGGCAAAGUAUGUACGGGUUACAGAGUAACUUAUCGUCCAGAGUAUAAAAUAGAAAUGAGAACAGUCAUGACUUCGGUUAAAGACUGCUGUCCUGGAUUUACAGGUUCAGAUUGUAGCCAAGGUGAGAAGCCCACGCUGUUAAUAGCGCGCGCGAGACCAUUACUGACAUCUCGGUGUUAGAGCCUUCGAUCCUAAUGUUCAGCCGCAGAGAGCGAUAGAUACGUCAUGAAUAAAAGCUGUCGCUGACCAGUAGAGACAAUGGCUCCAAUAAAGAGACUGACGCUUGAAGUGACCAGUUCUAAAUAAUUUGACUAUCUUAUGAAUUAAUUGAAUAACUAAGUUUUAAAUCACUAUUUCGGGGCUGCUUCGAGGUCAUGUAAUCGCUAAGAUUAUCAAAUCAAUUAUAUUUUUCGCACAGAGAUACUGCUUUUGGUUUUUGGACAAUAAAUAUGCUUAUUAUAUAACUUGAGAAAAUUAUUUCAUUGUGAUUGGCUGAGAGCAGCGCUAAUUGUUUAUUUUAAUUGGCUAAUUGCUAAACGAGCGCGCCUUAAUUUGCACUCUAGUGCAAAUUAAGGCGCUCUCGUUUGCAAAAAAAUUUCUCAGUCAUAUAACAAAUGAGUAACAAAUGAAUAAUCGUAUGAAAGCUCGAGCAAUUAAGGAUUUAGACUACUCGUGAUAUUGGAAAAUUCUUUCAAAUUGCACUCGCCUAAAGGCUCGUGCAAUUUUGAGAGAAUUUCCAAAUGCCACUCAUAGUGUAAAUGCUUAAUAGCACAAACGCAGCAUUCAGUUAAAUUUCCAUCAUCUCCAUGUAAAUAAGUUAAGCAGUGUGAUAACCAAGUGUUAAUUUUAAUUCGGUUUUUACACA